GCUCUUUUGCCGCGACUACAACUGUUUUGGCGGGCUCUUAGUAUUUUUCUUAAACGUAGCUAGUAUAUGUGCGUCGUCAGGAUCGACCGAAGGCUUCUCUUUUGUGACUUGCUAUCCACACGUUAAUUAAUUGUAGUAUUAGUAAAGAGCACAUGGAAGUUUUCAUGGACCAUUCCAACCGCUCAUCAAACUCUGUCAACCAUCAAACAAAGAAAGAACGUAGUGUGCAUGGGAAACCGGAGUGGCAGAAAAGUGCAAUCAGAACUUGUGGGUAUUGGUCAGAGCAGUUAAGUUCCAAAGGCAAGAUAUAUUUUUACAACUGCAUGACUGAAGUUUCUCAAUGGCAAAAGCCUCCAGAGUGGGAUUUACCUGAAAUGAACAGGAGAGACCUACUUAAGUUGCUCAGUGAGCGUAAACACACAGAAGAAAACAAUCUGAAAAGAUCACAUAGUAUCUCCGAAAGUGAACCUGGUGCAAUUAGGGAUGAACGCUCACUUCUAUCUAAUGAGUUAAAACGCACGAAGUAUUCAGUUAAUGCGGAGAUUCGGCGUCCAAGUUCAUCACAUCUUGGCACUAAUAUAUCCAACCAUACCACUGAUGUAGGUCAUACCACAGGAAUUUCCCACAAUGACGGAAAAAACCAUGUUAGCCGUCCUGUGGCUCAUGAUUGUCGGUACGAUCCAUUGAGGAAAACAAAGUUAAAUCAUCUCCCACCCAGGACUUUCACAACAGAUGAUAUGGAAAUAUCUCCAAACAGUUCCCCACUGUCAGAUGGGAGCUCUACAAAAUUCCCGCCUAAUAGACAGUUUUCUCCCCAGAAGUCCAAUAUGAGCUUUUGUUCAUCAGGUACCCUCAGCUUACAGCGUCCCAGGGACUGCAAAUCUAAAGCAACAGUACUCCCAAGUCGUGAAGUUGGCGAAAAACCAGAAAAGUCUACACUGUAUCAAUUAGUGGAUGCUAUCCGAGCUUCCAUAGGGGAUUUGCUGGAACAGCCACCCAAAUCCUUAUCCUGCGCCUCUGAAAAACCCCCCAUUAAUGGUUCAGUUUAUGCGUCAUGCAAAGUAUCAGUUCCUUCGGAACCCAGUCAGAUGACCACUAACCAGCCUUCCCCGAACGUUAUUUCAAAAAGAUAUAAACAAUCCGAUGUCUAUCUCGAUGGCCGAAUAUGUUCGCCCACAGUCUUAAAUUCAAGGCAACUGACAAAAAUGGACAGUCCUGCUGCAUAUCCCAGUUCAGUCAAUGCUGAGUCUCGGAAUUGUAAUGUACAUAAAGGCUCCUCAUAUGAUCAUGGUCAGGGCUACACAACUGGUAGUAAGAUACUAUAUUCGAUGGGCGAUCCAAGACACACAGUAAACUCUAAUCACAGUCCAGCAUAUCCCAAUCCUAUCACUUCUCAGGGCGAAAAUCAUCGUUUCCCUUCUAAUGCAACUCAUCCUGUUUGUUGUAUUGUUUCGCAUCAGAAUAGUCCAGCUGUGAUUUACAGUCCACAUAAUCCGAAUAAUACCACCACAUCUGUUUCCAGUGCAUCACAACAAACUUGUGUCUCUCUAUCUCAUUAUGAUUUGUCGUCACGUCAAGUUGACAAGAUCAUCGAAAUUUUGGCUGAACAGGCUCACUGUCAAAGUAAAACUGAGGAACACAAUUUCAACAGAAAUAUAUCACUUAGUUCUAGCAGAUUACCAGAAAAUCUAAAAGGAUCCACGUCACCUGGACAUUCCACUCGAGCAUCCAUUUCACAAACCCUUCAAACCAACCAUUCAUUGAACAGAGAUUCCGUAAAUCCUAACGCUCGAUCACAACAUACCCAGUUAAAUGAUCUUGUACAGGUUUUGAAAGCAGCUUUGCAUCACCAUACUUCUAACCAUAUGUCUGGAGAUCCUGCAACAUCCGUACAGUCCAAUAAUCGUCUCAAUACUUGUCCACAUUCGGAUUCAGAUCUUCCUGUCAAUAAAAAAGGUCUUGAGAACAAAAAUAACAUCUCUACGACAACCCAUGUUAGCCCUACCUUUCCGUUACAGAGCGGCGCGUUACGGACUAGCGCUCCCAAUCGACUGAAUACCGACUCAUUUCUGUUCAAUAAAGGCAAUCCCGGACUAGACACAUCGGCAUCUCCUUGUAAUUUUUCAAAUGUUAGCAAAUCCGCUAAUACGGCUGAACAUACACCAGACGUCGUAGACAAAAAGGAGAUCGUAAAUCUACCAAGUCCUACUUCUGCUUCCCCAUCAGUUCGUUCAAGUCAUUCUACCGCUAUGACAGUUGACGUCACAACUAAGAGAGGUUUUUCACCUGCUGCACUGUCGGAAAGUGGGUCUAGACUAGAAAAGAUUACGGAUACCCUAAACAGCUUCGAGAUGAAGUCUUUUUUUGAUCCCAUAUUUAUUUCUAAAUAUCAAGAUGAUACUUUACAACGUCUUGAACAAGAAUUGUGUCAUAAUCUUCAUUCAAAUUAAUAUUUUCUUGUUUCAGGCUCAAAUUGAGUCGAAAAAUUUCGAUCGACUUCAGAGCGUUCUUUAUGGGGAACUAUCAGCUGAAUCCAAAAAGUUGCGCGCGUUAGUUCGAAUAAGUGAAGCAAAACUCGCAAUUCAUAAAGAGAAACAAACAGCAUUGCAAGAACUAAUGGACGCGAUUGAAGUGCGAAAACAUCUACCUAAUCUGUCUUUCGUAGAUGAUGUAUUGUAGAUAAUUCGAACUUUUGUUACAUACUUUCCUCGUGUGAUAAUGUUGGUUUUUCCGGACCCUGUUCAACUUGUCCAACUUCAUGGUGGCUGUUCUAUCACAGUAUUUCCCAAGUCUCGAUAACUGGACAUUCGUUUUGCAUUCUAUCUAAACACCAUAAUCUUGUUUAUUUCCCUGGAACUGGCUAUCAAUCCUUAUUCUAUUUUCUUAUAACUCUCUUCAAUCCAUUGUGUAUUAAUGAUCAACAUUUUUUUUGUAAGUGAUUGUACAGUUGUACACUUUCUUAGACUUUAUCAGAGUUUAACUGAUGUUUUCUGCUCUUUUUUGGACAAUUGCCUAAUUCAAUAAAAUUAUGAAGAAAACCCACUGAAGUCAAAAGUAUUUAAACAAACUGAAUAUUUUUAUUGAAAUUCAAACAUAAAAAAGUACAUAAGCGCACGAGGGUAUGUGCUAUUGAUUACAAGGAGAUACACAAAUGUUCUUACAUCACUAAAAUUGUGAGCAAGGAAUAAAAAAUUAAUAAGGCGCUGUACAACUCUUUACACGGAACAAAAUAACAAGAGUAAGUAAAUCACUAUGUCAUUUAAAAGAUUGGUUCAAGGUCUAGUUGAAGGUGAUGAAAUGGAAAGAAAAUGUAUAUUUAGACAGUAAUUUAAAUAUCACCACGAGUGCUUUCGCGCCAACCACCAUUCAGUUUAGUUGAUGCUAGUGACGUACAGCAGCCUCCUGAAGUAUAAAAAGAUGUCAAAAAUUGAAACAACGUCGAUAAUUCAUAGUUCAUUAAAUAUAUGCUUAUUUGGAAAUCC